AUGUCCGGCCACAAAGGUGGCAAGAAGCAGCCCAUAAAGCAGCCCAAGAAGCAGGCCAAGGAGAUGGAUGAGGACGAUAAGGCAUUCAAGCAGAAACAGAAAGAGGAGCCCAAGAAACUCGAGAAGCUAAAAGCGAAGGCUGCAGGGAAGGGCCCCCUGGCCACAGGUGAACUUAAGAAAUCUGGCAAAAAGUAAGCUGUCCCUUGUGCCCAAGGCAAUGGUGAUCUUUAAUUCCAUUCCUGUUUAAACCUCUGGAUUCCCUGCCACAGCAUCUGUUGUCACCUAUCGCUAGAAUGAAGU